UGGGCGGGGCCUUGAGAGGCCGGCCGGGGGCGGGGCAGCUGGCGGGUCGGCGCGGGCCCAGCCGUGCGUGCUCACGUGACGGGUCCGCGAGGCCCAGCUCGCGCAGUCGUUCGGGUGAGCGAAGAUGGCGGCCGAGAGGGAACCUCCUCCGCUGGGGGACGGGAAGCCCACCGACUUUGAGGAUCUGGAGGACGGAGAGGACCUGUUCACCAGCACUGUCUCCACCCUAGAGUCAAGUCCAUCAUCUCCAGAACCAGCUAGUCUUCCUGCAGAAGAUAUUAGUGCAAACUCCAAUGGCCCAAAACCCACAGAAGUUGUAUUAGAUGAUGACAGAGAAGAUCUUUUUGCAGAAGCCACAGAAGAAGUUUCUUUGGACAGCCCUGAAAGGGAACCUAUCCUAUCCUCGGAACCUUCUCCUGCAGUCACACCUGUCACUCCUACUACACUCAUUGCUCCUAGAAUUGAAUCAAAGAGUAUGUCUGCUCCCAUGAUCUUUGAUAGAUCCAGGGAAGAGAUUGAAGAAGAAGCAAAUGGAGAUAUUUUUGACAUAGAAAUUGGUGUAUCAGAUCCAGAAAAAGUUGGUGAUGGCAUGAAUGCCUAUAUGGCAUAUAGAGUAACAACAAAGACAUCUCUUUCCAUGUUCAGUAAGAGUGAAUUUUCAGUGAAAAGAAGAUUCAGCGACUUUCUUGGUUUGCACAGCAAAUUAGCAAGCAAGUAUUUACAUGUUGGUUAUAUUGUGCCACCGGCUCCAGAAAAGAGUAUAGUAGGGAUGACCAAGGUCAAAGUGGGUAAAGAAGACUCAUCAUCUACUGAGUUUGUAGAAAAACGGAGAGCAGCUCUUGAAAGGUAUCUUCAAAGAACAGUAAAACAUCCAACUUUACUACAGGAUCCUGAUUUAAGGCAGUUCUUGGAAAGUUCAGAGCUGCCUAGAGCAGUUAAUACACAGGCUCUGAGUGGAGCAGGAAUAUUGAGGAUGGUGAACAAGGCUGCCGACGCUGUCAACAAAAUGACAAUCAAGAUGAAUGAAUCGGAUGCAUGGUUUGAAGAAAAGCAGCAGCAAUUUGAGAAUCUGGAUCAGCAACUUAGGAAACUUCAUGCCAGUGUUGAAGCCUUGGUCUGUCAUAGAAAAGAACUUUCAGCCAACACAGCUGCCUUUGCUAAAAGUGCUGCCAUGUUAGGUAAUUCUGAGGAUCAUACAGCUUUAUCUAGAGCUUUGUCUCAGCUUGCAGAGGUUGAGGAGAAGAUAGACCAGUUACAUCAAGAACAAGCUUUUGCUGACUUUUACAUGUUUUCAGAACUACUUAGUGACUACAUUCGUCUUAUUGCUGCAGUGAAAGGUGUGUUUGACCAUCGAAUGAAGUGCUGGCAGAAAUGGGAAGAUGCUCAAAUUACUUUGCUCAAAAAACGUGAAGCUGAAGCAAAAAUGAUGGUUGCUAACAAACCAGAUAAAAUACAGCAAGCUAAAAAUGAAAUAAGAGAGUGGGAGGCGAAAGUGCAACAAGGGGAAAGAGAUUUUGAACAGAUAUCUAAAACGAUUCGAAAAGAAGUGGGAAGAUUUGAGAAAGAACGAGUGAAGGAUUUUAAAACCGUUAUCAUCAAGUACUUAGAAUCACUAGUUCAAACACAACAACAGCUGAUAAAAUACUGGGAAGCAUUCCUACCUGAAGCCAAAGCCAUUGCCUAGCAAUAAGAUUAUUGCCGUUAAGAAGACCUUGGAUGUUGUUCCAGUUAUGCUGAAUUCCACAGUGAAAUCAUUUGAAACCAUCUAAAUAAACCACUAUAUAUUUUAUGAAUUACAUGUGGUUUUAUAUAUAUACACACACACACACACACACACACACACACACACUGUGACAUUUUGUUACAAGCUGCAUGUCCUGACCCUCUUUGAAUUAAGUGGACUGUGGCAUGACAUUCUGCAAUAGUUUGCUGAAUUGAACACUACUGUGUCUUAAAUACUUGCACUAAAUAGUGCACUGCAAGACCAGAAAAUUUUACAAUAUUUUUUCUUUACAGUAUGUUCUGUAGUAUGUUUACCCUCUUUAUGAAGUGAAUUAUCAAUGCUUUGAAUAAUGUUCACUUACACAUUCCUGUACAGAAAUUACGAUUUUGUGAUUACAGUAAUAAAAUGAUAUUCCUUGUGAAA